AUGGCGAAAAGCGAACUUGCUCCUUCGGAAGAUCGCGACUUGUUUGUUCGCGUACUUUUGGAGUUUUAUCUCCGUUCCACGUCGGACGAAAAGCCGUUAGCCGGUCCUUUACCGAACCAUCCCAAAGAAGAGACCAACGCCGAACGGUUAUCUAGUCCUCCAUCACAGAAGCCCCUCACCUCUGUCUCAAACCUCGCCGAAAAACUUAAAGAAGUUCUAAAAGAACUCGAAAACGUGACCCCAUCUUCGCAAAGUGACCAUGAAGAAGCCCUGGUUUCCGAUCUGAUGAAGUGUGACCGCCGCCUUUUGAUUCUCCUGGCCAAGCAGCAGGUGAAUCAGAUGCUGUCGUCAUCGAACCUGCCAGCCGGAAAGGCGGAAUCUGCUGGGCUUCCGGUUAACGCAACCUCACUUAUAAAUAAGGCAGUAAUCACAGAGGACGCGGAUUCGGCACCAGCCGACUUCACACAACAGACUGCGGUCUGUGCCCCACUCUGGACACCCUCAUUGAGGCCAAAAACCGAUCUGCCAGGCAGGGCAGUGCUCACUCCCUGUUCAGGGACAUCGGGCCCAGUCGUAUCUAUGUCCUACCGCCAGUUGCUUGUUGGUACAGGUAGGGAAGCUUAA